AUGAGCUCGGAGAAGCCAAACUUUCUGUCACAGCCGGUCGUGAAGAACGUCUUCAUGUACCGAAACGGCGACCCUUACUACGAUGCUCGCCGAAUCGUAAUCAACCAAAAGAGGGUAUCCAACUUCGAGACUUUGCUCAGAGAUGUGACCGGUGGGAUCCAAGCCCCAUUUGGAGCAGUGAGGAACAUCUACACACCGAGAGGAGGUCACAGAGUGGACUGCUUGGAGAGCCUGCAGAGCGGGGAGCAGUACGUCGCUGCUGGGAGGGAGAGAUUCAAAAGACUGGAUUACCUACAGAUUGGUUCAAGGAGGAAGAAGAUGAUGCAGACUCUUCCAAUGCAGGCCAAACCACUGCCACCAAAUCGAAUCAUUGUGUCAGCACGAUUUCUGAAACCCAUCAAGGAGCCAUGUACAAUUUUUGUGGUAGCAAAUGGCGAUGUCCUGAACCCUGCCAUGAGGGUGUUGAUCCACCAGAGGAUUCUCAGCCAGUUUGAAAGAAUACUAGAGAUGAUCACAGAGAAGAUGGGUUUGAGAGUCCUCGGGGGUGUCCGAAGUCUCUACACCUAUGAAGGCCACCAGGUGACUGAUGGGAAUCACCUGGAGAGUAGUCAGCUGUAUGUUGCUGUGGGAAGAGAAAGGUUUAAGAAGCUGCCCUACAGUGAUCUUCUCUUCACAAAACCCAGAGGGACAAGGAGAGUCAAUGGAAUGAAAGCUCACUCUCUACCACCUAUCUACAGAUUCUCCAAGCAAAAUGGAAAUAGUAAGUCAAUGAUCAGAUGCAGUGAUAGUGGUGAGGGAGACUCCAAGGCCUCUCCUCUAAGCCACAAUGGCAGCAAGGAUCACCUGUCCUCCAUCGUCAGAGAGCUCUCUAAGGCCAGACUCAUGUCCCUCAGGAAGAAGAGGAGUGGACAAAGCAUGACCCUCGGCAUCUCAGAUAAUGAUGACCUGGAAUCAAAGGCUGAUGAUGGAAACACUGAGGACAAGACCCCCCAAGACGAGCCAGCUGAGGAGAAUUCUGCAGAGGAGAAUGGUGAAACAGUAGGAGAGAAGGAGGAGGCUGUUGCUGAAAACACCACAGAAGAAGACCCUUCUACCAAUAAAGAUGAAACGAAGGAAAGCCACGAGAGAAGUGGCGAAGAGGAAGAAGGGGAAGAUAAGGAGGAAAAUGCAGAGCAAAAUGAUGAAAAAGAGGGAGCAACAGCGGUAUCUGAGGAGGAGAAGGAGGAGGAAGUAAAAAAAGAGGUACAGGAGGUGGUCACAGAUGAGAGUGAGAAGGAGGUUAAAUGUGAGGAGCAGGGGUCCAGCAGUAGCAACAUUGAUAAGACCCAGGACAGUAAAGGGAAAGAGGAUGGAAGCCAUAUAUCUUCUGAGGGUGAAAAAGAUGAGCCAGACAAAAAUAUAGAAGAGAAGCAAGAUAAAGACAGCGUAAAGGGGGAGAAGAGCAGUGAGGACCAAGUUAAUGAUGAAGACAUGGGGGAAGAACAGAAAGAGACAGAAAACAGCAUUGACCCAGGGAAGACUCAGUCAGAUAACGAGACAAAAGAGAACGAUAACGGCAGAAAAAGCAGCAGCUGCAGUAACCAGGAAGAAGAUGUGAGCAAAACAGAAGAGGGAGCUACCAAGGAGUCAGGAGAAGAAAAGAGAGAGGUGAAUGGAGAGGUCAGUGGAGAAGAUGAUGAAGUGGAAAGUGAAACAGAGCAGGACACUGUCAAGAAUUCAGCCAAAGAUCCCGCAGCAAAUGGAGAGAAAGGGGCGGAUCAUGAUGAAGAUAAUGAAGCUAAAAGCACUGGGAAAGGAUUAGGAGAAAAAGAGAAAGUUGUUGGAUGA